CUGCCACCCUCCCCCUGGAAGCAGUGCACAGGGGCACUGGCACGGCACCAAGGUCAACAACUGGACCCCAGGAGCUGGAAAAGGAGACAGAUGGACGCCCAAACCAACAGGAUGAGUGCCCUGCCCCCCAGCCCCCUCACUCUGGACUACCUGGACGAUUUCGACCUGCUGAGGUUCGAGGUGAAGCAGGAAGGGGCCAGGCCGGGGGGCAGCUCCUCCCUCAACUCCACGCCCUGCAGCUCGGUGCCUCCCUCGCCCACCUUUGACAAGGCCGGUGACCCCAAAUCCACCCUGGAAGAGCUGUACUGGAUGGCCACACUCCACCAGACACUAGCUGCUGCCGCUGCGGCAGGGGGCAACCCGGAGGGCCAGUUGGUGCAAGGCUUGGAUGAGGCCGUGGAAGCCCUCUUAGGGGUCCCCGGGAUGGAAGGGGGGCUCCGCGGGGGGCCCACCCCCCAAAUGCAGGGAUACUUAGGAACGGCCGACGGGCUUGAUGGAGAACAACAGCAGCUGCCCAUGUUCCCCGACCGCUUCUCCGACGCCCAGCUGGUCUCCAUGUCGGUGCGGGAUCUCAACCGGCAGCUCCGCGGCUUCGGCAAGGAGGAGGUGCAGCGGCUCAAGCAGAAGCGGCGCACCCUGAAGAACCGCGGCUACGCCCAGUCCUGCCGCUACAAGCGAGUCCAGCAGCGCCACGUGCUGGAGGCCGAGAAGUCCCAGCUGGCCCAGCAGCUCGAGGCCCUGCGGGCCGAGAUGGCCCGGGUGGCCCACGAGCGAGACAUCUACAAGGCCCGGUGUCAGAAGCUGCUGGGGGAUGCCGCCGGGGGGCGUUGCGGGGAGGGGUCCGAGCCUCCAGCCCCUCAGCCUGCUUCGCUGGCACAGUUUUACCUAUGAGCGACCCCCCACAGCGCUCCCUUUCCCGGCACGACGGACUGCGGGUGUUGAACGGGAGAUGGACUUCGUGGCACCCCUGUUUCCCCCCCCCCCAAACUGGCCAGUCGGGGGCGCUGUGGACACAGGAGCUGGUUCCCUCUUUCACUCCACCAGGGGGGCAACAUGAACUGAGGCCCCCCGUAAGGCGCUCCCCUUUCCCACCACCAGGCGGGGCCAAAGAGCUCCAGGCCCCGCUGGCCGUCGAAAAGUGCGCAGACCUACCCCACGAACGUAUCUCAGGUUUUAGAGGCGUUGCGGCUUCCCCCUUCAAAGAAUCCUGGGAAUUGUAGCUGGGUGCGUGUGCGUGUGUGUGUGUGUUGAGGAUUCUCUUAGAGCAGGGGUGCAUAACCUGUGGGCCAUGGGCUGCCUGCGGCCCCCAUAAUGCCCCACCACGGCUGCCACCGUCAAGAAAUUUCCACUACUGAGCAACCUGCAGCAGAGACAAUGUCACCGCCCAUUGCUGCAGCCUAUGCCGUUGACAAUUCCCACAAUUUUGGGUUCCCCCUGCCAAUACCCUCCUUCCUUUCCCUCUUCCUCCAC